AUGAGCUCAUGUCGAGAAUGUUCUCGGCGACAUAACACGCUAUGCCAUCCACGGUCUAGCAAGGAUUCUGGUACUUUAGAGGUUUCAGGAUCACAAAGUCAAGUAGACAAUGGGCAAUCGCUCUUCAAUAUUGCUGUUCAUCACGCUUCGAGUGAUGAAAAAGGAAGUCCGGUGGAUAUGUUGCUAGGCGCGGAAUUCUUUUUCGACUUGUUAGAAACGGGCAAAAUAGAACUCGGCAAGGACAAUUUAGUAUUGAAAAAUACGAAGCUGGGUUGGAUAGUGGCAGGAUCCAUCCCAUUAGUAGCGUUCAAGAAUUUGGUAGCCAAGCAGAGAGCAACAAACGUAUUAACUUGCUCAUUGAAAUCGUCUGAAACGUUGAAUGAAACUCUAGAGCAAUUUUGGAAAUUGGAAAAUUAUGAUCAACAAAAGGCACGAACACCGUCUCGUGAAGAAAUAAAAUGCGAGUUACACUUCGAGCAAACUAUCACGCGAGCCAAUGACGGCAGAUUCAUAGUAAGGUUACCGUUUCGCGAACAAAAUGUACCCAUCGGUAACAAUAAGGAAAUAGCUCUUAAAAGAUUAAAUAGCUUGGAGCGCACUCUUAAGGGCAACAAAGUUAUUCAUGAGCGUUACAUUAAGUUUAUGCAGGAAUAUGCUGACUUGGGACACAUGUCUAUCGCUAGUUCUAGUAAUUGUGGGAAUGUAGUGUAUCUGCCUCACCAUGGAGUGCUGAAAGAAUCUAGUACUAGCAUCAAACUGCACGUAGUUUUCGAUGCCUCCGCUAGAAAUAAAAGGGGCGUGUCUUUGAACGAGGCUCUACUUGUAAUAGUAGUAACUGCCGAUCUGAAGAAAAUGUACCGCCAAGUUUUGGUACAUCAGAAUGAUCGUGACUUUCAACGCAUAUUAUGGCAUUCCUCAUUUGACAAACCCGUCGAGGAGUAUCGUUUAAAUACCGUUACAUACGGACAAGCUUGCGCGUCUUAUUUAGCGAUUAGAUGUUUGCGGCAGUUAGCUGCAGAGGGCGAUUUGCGUUAUCCCCUCGCUGCCCAAGCGUUGCUGAAGGAUACUUAUGUUGAUGACAUAAUAUCGGGAGCAAAUACGAUCCAAGAUGCACGCGCUUUACAGAGCCAAUUGACUGAAUUGUUAUGCGAAGGUGGAUUUGAAGCUCAUAAGUGGUUUGAUAGGUCCUGUGCUAACGAUAGCCAAGGUUUAAUGCAAGCUCUUUGGGAAACCAAAAUAGAUUGGGACGAUCCGCUCCUAGAGAAGGUUUUAAAUAAAUGGAAGGAUUUUCAAAGAAAUUUGUCAGAAUCGAUAAGCGAGACUAGUGGAAAGGUUACUGUAAAUCUUUUAUGUUCCAAGGCAAGAGUUGCACCCUUAAAGAGAUUGUCCAUACCAAGAUUAGAACUUUGCAGUGCGUUAUUACUGGCGAGGUUAAUUUAUCAGGUAAAGCAUGCUAUUACUAUAAACAUUGAUGGGAUAUUUGCUUGGUCAGACUCCAUGGUUGUAUUGCACUGGCUUCGUGGCGAGGCUUCGCGAUGGAAGCCUUUUGUGGCUAAUCGGGUAACCGAAAUCAUUGAAAUUCUACCUGCGUUGUGCUGGAGGCACGUGCGGAGUUCGGAUAAUCCUGCGGAUUUGAUCUCACGAGGAGCGACGCCUGCUCAGCUACGAAACAAUUCUUUGUGGUGGAAUGGCCUUAUGUGGCUGAUAGAUUUGAAUCCUGUUGAAAUCAAUGAGGAAAUGCAUUGCAAACUUGACAAAGAGGACUUGUUCAACGCUGAGGAUGAGGCAAAGAAGAACCCACGGAUUUGUAAUAUGAACGCAUCUCCGUCUAUACGGCCAAACGAUAGACUCUACUUUCCGCAUGAUGGAGAUUCCCGGGAAAAUGGUGAAUUGAAGACCACGAGUUCUCUACAUAAGUUGCAUGCUUUUUUGGAUGAAGCCGGCAUCAUCAGGGUGGGCGGACGACUCCAGGCAGCCCCUAGGAGUUUUGAACGGAGACAUCCCAUACUCCUUCCAGCGCGCUGCAAGGCGGUCCACCUCGAGACAACUAGCGAGCUAACCUUCACGGCUUUCUUAGCAACUUUGCGCCGAUUCAUCGGAAAGCGCGGAAUACCGCGCAAAAUCUGUGAUAACGCCACGAACUUCGUGGGAGCCCGACGUGAACUGGCCGAGCUUUACGCUUUCAUCCACGCAUCCAUAGGGUCAGUUGGUGAUGUUCUACAGCAGGAAGGCGUUGAAUGGGUUUUCAUACCUCCUUAUUCCCCACAUUUGGGUGGUUUGUGGGAAGCUGGAAUUAAAUCUUGCAAGUACCACGUGAAGAGAAUUAUGGGCACUACUUUAUUCACGUUCGAGGAGUUGACAACAGCCCUGGUCCAAAUAGAAACCCGUUUAAACUCGAGACUUGUCGCCAAUGUCAUCUGA